AACGAUUUCAAGUACGGCUUCAAUUCCUCUCGCCCCUCCGUCUGUUUUUCAAGGAGAUGUCUCAAACGGAGAUCGAGAUCGCCGAAGGAACAUUCCUGUCAUCGCCCAACAUGGAUGAAAGCACUAACAACAUUGCCUCUUUAUCAACUGAGGCAAUGUGGGUGGACGAGGCAUUUCAAGGGAGAAUGGCUUUUAAUUCUUCUCUGUGUGAAGAACUCAACAUCUCAUUCAUCAUCGAACGUAAUUUGACGGAGGAAUGUGAGUAUCUCUUCUCCAAUCCCCUCCCGAUUGCGCUCAUGUCGAUCAUCCAGAUCUUCUACGCCCUGGUCUGCGUGGUGGGACUGUGUGGGAACACGCUCGUCAUCUAUGUGGUGUUGCGCUACUCGAAGAUGCAAACUGUGACCAAUCUCUACAUCCUGAACCUGGCCUUGGCCGAUGAGUGCUUCUUGGUUGGCAUUCCGUUUCUCAUUGUAACAUCUGCCAAAGGGGACUGGAUCUUCGGGAUGACCAUGUGCAAGAUCUACCUGACUACGACCUCCAUCAAUCAGUUCACGAGCUCUAUUUUUCUCACCGUGAUGUCGGCUGACCGAUACAUAGCCGUCUGUCACCCUAUAUCAUCGCCUCGCUAUCGAACCAGUGUCAUUGCUCGGGUGGUUUCGCUCACGGCUUGGGCCACCUCCGCCCUGCUGAUGGUGCCGGUGUUCAUGUACGCUGCUACUAUCACCAAACCAUUAGGCGGACAGAACUGCAAUAUCUUUUGGCCAUUCGACGAGGACGAGACCGAGAACGGUGCACCUCGCUCCCACAUCCUCAAUGGACAAACCGCAUUCACCUUCUACAGCUUCUUCUUGGGAUUUGCUCUCCCUUUGUUGUUAAUCUUGGUCUUCUACAUCCUGGUAAUUAUCAAACUGAAAACCGUUGGCCCCAAGAACAAAUCGAAAGAGAAGAAGAAAUCCCACCGAAAAGUCACCCGCUUGGUCCUCACUGUGAUUACUGUCUACAUCCUCUGCUGGUUGCCCUAUUGGAUUACCCAAUUGGCAUUAAUCUUCACCGAACCAGGGCACACCCAGGAUAAUGUCAUGGUGGCGGUCAUGCUUCUGGCGGGGUGCCUGUCCUAUUCGAAUUCGGCCAUGAAUCCCGUCUUAUACGCGUUUCUGUCAGAGAAUUUCAAGAAAAGCUUCAUGAAGGCGUGUACGUGUGCCACUGGACGCGAUGCCAAUGCCGCGUUGCAUAUUGAGAACUCAGCAUUUCCCCGCAAGCGGACCCUCGGGGCGUCGGCCAAUCACUUGGAACGUCGCAAUCGACUCCAAUCCAUUAAUGGGUCCAAUAAUCACAGCAACCGGACCAGCCAGUCCCGGGACGAUCGCCGAGACCUGAAUGAUAUCUCCACGGGUGUCACCACAGUUACCUCACGCUCCUCAAAAUCGUUCGAGAACCACUCUCAGGUGUCUCAAGCCACAGCCACCACAGCCGUGGGUGUCCCAUCUUCGGGGGGGUCUUGUCAACCAAUUGGGAGCCAAGUGAUAUCGGGCUCCACUCCCGGCCCAGGCCUACUGAGUACCAACACCAUUAACGGUAGUCUGGCCCCUCCGAAAAUGGUGUGAAGGGUAAUUAGCACUCGCUCGCUUCAUUCUCACCCACCGAAGUCGAAGUCAAAGACGAAUGAACGAACGAACGAAAGAACGAACUCUGCCUUCGUUGAUGUUAUUGUGGCUGUUGUUACCAAGGCUCUUUUGUUCCCGUAAAGAGUCGUCGUCGUCGUCGUCGAAACCAAAAGCUAAACGCAACCUGGAUCUGGAUCACCAAUACUUCUCCGUCUUCUCUUGGUUGGUUCGAUCUCCUCCUGCGUGAUUGAGUUCGAGUUUGCUCAUAGUUUCACGUCCAUUUUUUGCACAGGGCGACGGACACGCCAGGCCCAAAAAGGUUCGCCCUAAUGGAAACGCGAUGAAGAUCGUUGACCCAUGAGACACGUCUUAUUAUGGUCAAGCGACGAAACCCUCAUUUCUCAUCGUCUCGGUGGGCGCUUGUGUUGGAGAAGGAAAAUAUUAAUAACAAAAAUAAUAAUAAUGAUAAAAACAAAAGUGCCACUUGUGAAACGCACACAUUCCCUCGUUCGUAAUCUCGCUCAUCAACACAAGAGAAAAGAAGAUGUCACAAGUCCAAGUUGUCGUCGACAGUUCUAGGGACAAUCCAGGCCCCCGCGGUAAAGGCAAAAAAAAGACACUUAUGAGUGAGCGAGUGAACAAAAUACAAUGACUAGAAACGUAGACUGCCGUUUCGCCAGGGAGGCUCUAUCUAUCUAGUCAAAGCAGCGAGUGUGAAGUGGAUGUGGUGGGCAAGACAAAAAGCCCGACUCUCCGUGUGCCGUCUUCGUAUCUUUCGUAUCUAUCGUGUGUCUGAGAGCAAGAAGAGCAAGAAGAGCAAGAACAAAAGAGAUCUGGCACUUGACUGGAACAAAGUCGAAUGUCCGGUGUCGAAAAUGUUUUGCAUGAGGCCGGAGAGCAAAGCGAGGCUAAUGCUUCAGAUGUUCAUGUUGUUGUUGUUUAUGUUGUGUCGCGCUCUGUGAGCGUUGUUGCUAGUCCAAAAUGACGACGUUCUCCUUCUCCUCCUUCUCCCAUCGAGAACGACAAAACAAUGAUGAAUGAAUGGCCUUUGUUUGUUACUGACUGAGUCUUGGACUUCAAAGAUCAUAUUUUUCUGAAAAAGCAUUUUAAUGAGCAAGCAAGCCGCUCUCGACGCUUGAUUGACGAGAGACUCAAGCUGAAAGCUGCAAAGCCAUCGGAUUUUGUAUGAUCAGUCACUACAUAUGUUGUCGAGUGGUUCACAUACUGCAAACAUGUUAUUAAAUUACUUGUGCGAUCAUAAUCAAUAAUGCUAAAGAAUGUUCGUCGCAUUGGUGUUUUCGAGUGGAACGAACAAGACCUUUUGUGAUUGAGUGUUCCAGGUGUGGCCGUUGAAUGAUGCAACCAUUCGAGUUUGUAAUGAUGAUGGUUUGUGAAGCUAUUCAUGAGAUAUAUUUAAUGUAUUUACCACCUGUCAGUAUUUGUAUGCCAGCCAAUCUACUUUUAUGACGAAAACUGCUACCACUACAAAAGCAUAUGGAAAACAACAUACAUGAUGAACUUAUAUUUCGAAACCAAAACAUACAUAUUAACUUAUAUACUAUCAUGAUAAAAAUUAAUAAUAGCAUUAUUAUUACUACUGCUGCUACUACUACAACUACUACUAUCAUUAUUACCAUUACUACUAGAUAUUUUCUUUGUCAAUUCCAGCGUCAAAUACAAUUUUUAUUGUUCUACUA